CGCUCGGCUGCUGGCUGGCGCGCCGCAACCGGCUCGUCUUCGCCGCCGGCGCCGCCGCCUCCGCCGCCGCUCUGCUGGCGCUGUCGUUCAUGACGUCGUGGGCCGCGGUGCUGGCGCUGGCGGUGGUGCUGGGCGUGUUCAAGGGCGUGCUAUACGUCACCUUCUUCCUCACCCUGGCGGAGAUCGUGCCCACCUCCAAAUUCCCCGCCGCCGUCGCGCUGCAGUUUUGCUCGCAGAUCGUCUGCUCAGUGGUGGUCUCGCCCGUCCUAGGGCUAGUGCGCGACGUGACUGGCAGCUACCCUGCUUGCUUCCGUGUGGUGGCAGGCCUCUUGGCCUUGUGCCCGCUUUCUUGGGGCCUCCACGCGGCGCUGCGGUCGCGCAACCGACGCCAGCGCUGCUCGACCGACGUCGCUGUAAGCUCUCACAAGUCGCUGGAGCUAGAACUCCUGUCCGUAGGAAAUGAAAUCUCUGUCGACAAGGGAAGAUAGGGAAUACUUUCUUUCCAGUGUUUUCUAGUACAAGUUGUACCUGCGUCAGCAUUAACAUGUGAAGAAAUGCUAUUUCACUUUAUUUAAAACCGAAGAAGUGAUAGGUUGCAAUUGUUUACUAGUAUCCUGAAGGUCAUUCCGAAACAAGUUAUUGUUCUUUAGCAGCUUUCGAACAGAACACCAUUCAUUGUCUGAAUGAUUUUCAUGGUUACUGAUGCAGGAACCAAACGAGCAAAUAUUAUUGCAAAAAAAAUCAUGAAAGAAGAUAUUGGGGAGGACAGGAAAUUACACAAACCAAACUUUCAUAUUAUUCCAAGACAACUGGUUGGAUCACAGUCUCAUAAACAACAAAAACAGCAAAAAAUAAAUGUUUCAGUGAAGAAUGAAAAGGCUGCAGCUUGUUUACUUUCAAAAGAAUUUUUAUUAACCUUUCAUCUGCUUGAUAUAAAUUGUGCACACAUAUUAAUAUUAAAUCAUAUUGACAAAUUGAAGGAAAUGUUUUUAUUAAAAUGUAAAAUGUAUUUUUAUCAUAUUCUUUAG